AUGAGGAGCAUACCCCCCACAAUGCUAAACACACACCCCAACACAAGUUCUCUAUGGCAGACUCCAAUACCAUAUCUCUUUGGAGGACUAGCUGCCAUUAUGGGUCUCAUAGCAUUGGCAUUAUUGGCACUAGCUUGCUCUUAUUGUAGUAACAGCCAAGAUGAUGAAUUGAACAACAAAGAGAGUGACUCUCAAACUAAGGAGCCCGUGAAAUCCUACGAAGAGAAAAUCCUUGUCAUCAUGGCUGGGAAUGAGAAACCAACAUUCUUGGCUACUCCUACACUUUUGUCCAUCGAUGACAAAGAAAAUGACAACCUUGUACUUGUUCAAGAAAAUGAAGGUUCUUGCUCUUCACAACGUAGGCAGUGA